AGGUGGCAGUGUAAGCUCAUCUUCCUGUUUAUUGGAUUGGAGAAGAUGUAAAGAUGAAGUAAGCAGAAUUUCUGCAGUUUUCUCCGUUUGACGAGCGGUAAAAGUUUGUCCUUCUUCCGAAAUGGACUUUCAAAACAUUCUCUCAAUAGCAGCUCAAAAUUCCAGCUCGAAACAGGUUAAGAAAGUCUUUAGCACUCAACUUGCACCUCCCAAGAAAGAAAAGAAAGACAAAGAAGUAAAAUCAGAGAUCGUAAAAAAGCUUAUUGAAGAGAAAGAGAGGGAGAAAAGAGAAGCUGAGGAGGCAAGGGAGAGGAUCAAACGUAAAAUAGAAGAGGCAAAGGAACGAAAGAAGAGGGAGAAAGAGCUGAAGUUAAAGAGAGAAAAAGAAGAAGAGGAGAGGAGAAGGAAAGAAGAGGAAAAGAGAAACAGAUUCAAAAUCCCCAAGAAAGGGGAGAGUACCACAGACAAAAAUGAUAUUAAAAGUUCUACCUCAUCUUCAUCAGGUUCAACAUCAACAUCAAUAUCAUCAAAGGCCAGAACAGCAUCUGUGGCUGGCAAAAAUGCUCUGCUAAAGAAUUCAGAAUCCAGAAAAUCUGAUGUUAUAAAAAAGCACAAGCCUGAUGCCAAAGUGAAAAACCAUGUAGACAAAGUGUCAGAUAAAUUAAAAAAUUCUUCAGGUAAUGGUGAGGAUGAGAAAAUAGACCCCACAACUGUUAAACCUACAGCAAUUUCCUCUCAACAAAGAAGUUCACAUUUAUAUGACAGUAUUGAAAAGAAGAAAAUUAAGAAUGAGACAGAAGUAGAAAGGAAACGAAGAGAGUUUGAAGAGAAACGAGCUCGACUAUUGCAGCAAAUAAAAGCAAAAGGUGUGGAAAUUGAGAAACCAGUUGUAGUAAGAAAGACGGAGAAGUCAAAGAGCAGUAAGGACUCGGACAAAAAAUCUGAAAAGAAAAGCAAAAGUGAAAAACAGUCAGAGCAAGAGAAGAUCUCAGAUAAAUUAAAUAACAAAUCAAGUACAACCUCUGUGAGACAGGAACUGAGUAAGCCUUCUGUGAGUGAGAAAAUCAAGGCACAUAACAGUGGUAAGAAAAUGCCUCCACCUAUGGGUUUUAGUGACCUUCUGAAACUAGCUCAAGUCAAAGCCAGUGAGCCUGUGACAAUGGAGAGUUUGAAGAAGGUGGAUAAGCCAAAGAAAGAGACAGAUAGGUUAAUGACGAAGGAAGAGAGGGACCGAUAUAUGGAAGAACAAGCAUGUAGACAAAGGAAGACGUCCUUAAUGGGAAAAGCUCAGACUUCAAGUGGAAAUAUAAAUGACAAAUCAUCAUCAAGUAAGAGAGAAAACAAUGAUGGAAAUUCUAAACAUUCCAAGGAGAAGAGUAUCAGGGAAAGCAGAGAGGAUCGUAGUUCUCCGAAACUUAAAAACUUGUUAAUUAAUGGAGUCAAAAGUAGUUCACCAGAAACGAGCAAAAUGAAUUCCACAUUAAAACGGAAAUCAGAGGCGUAUCCAAAUUCAAAACCAUCAUCACAUAUGAUCUCAAAAUCCUCAUCAUCAAGUGCUUUACACAGACCACAUGAUAAUUCUGAUGCAAAGAAAAGACGGGUGGACAGUCCGUCCAUGUCAAAGGGUAGCACAGGCUCUCCAAGCUUGGGGAGACCUAACGGACAGUCAUCCCACAAACCAGCUGAGAAACGGAGAGCUUAUGACAGUGAGAAUGAAAAUGUAUUAGUGUGUGGACCACCAAAACAAAAACCGGAGGCUGCAUUGAAUCCAUUUGAUCGUAUUUAUGGACAAAUAAAGAAAAACCAUCCCAAACCAGAGAUGAAGAAACGUCGGAUUGAGAGUGAUGAGGAGGACAGUGAGUAUGAUGAGGAGAUGGAGGGUUUCAUCACAGAUGAGGGCAGUGACCUGGAGGAGGACUAUCCUCAGGACAUGGAUUACUCAAAACACAUCCGCCAGAUCUUUGGCUAUGAUCGACGGAAAUACAAGUAUGAAAGUGACCGAGAUAUUGCCAAUAUGGAAUCAAACUUUGCUCAGCAGAUGAAAGAGGAGGCCAGAAGUGCACGACUUGGAUUGCAAGAAGACUUGGAAGACAUAAGGAGGGAAGAAGAAGAAUUAAAGAGGAAAAUGGAGAAGAAGAAAAGAUAACUUAAGAGACCUCAGAUGGAAUUAUAAUGACCAAUGUUACAGAAAUCAGAGAAAAGCAUUUUUCAUAUAUGUUAUUUAAUUCUAUUUGGUUUUUGACAUAUAAAAAAUUGUCAAAAGGGUUCAUUUUUGAUGCAAGCAUUUGUUAUUUAUUGUGCUUCAGUGCCAUGUAACUAUCUUUGUUUUUCUGUAUACCUUGUUAAUACCUUUUGCUUCUGAUUAUCCAGAGGGAUUGCAGGAAAGUCGCUUGAUAUGUUGUGCCUGUGAUAUUAUGUAUCUUCUUCUGUACAGUUAAUGGCUUAUAUGAAUUUGUAUACAAGUUUCGGUUUACAAUUUUGUUUUGUGGAUU